AUGGCCACCGCCGACCCCCCAACCCGCCUCCGCCAAACCUUCGAAAACCUCGCCUUCUCCGCCCACGGCGACACCUGGUCCUCCUUCUACAAAGAGGGCUUCUACCCAUGGGACCGCGACGGCCCCUCCAUCGCCCUAGCAGACCUCCUCUCCCAGCGAACCGACCUCGUCCCCCCCUCGCAAGACCACGACCAGCGCGGCAACCUCAUCCGCGACCCCAGCGGCGCAGUAUCCCACAGAACCGCCCUCGUCCCCGGCUGCGGACGCGGCCAUGACGUCCUCCUCCUCAGCUCAUUCGGCUACGACGUCGUCGGUCUAGAUUUCAGCCCCGACGCAAUCCGCAUGGCCGAGGAGAAUGCCCAGCAGCAGGGCCAGUUCAAGUCUGUCAAUGGCCUGGAACAAGGUACGAUCAAGUGGGUUUCAGGCGAUUUCUUCUCAGACGAUGUUCUCGCUGGACUGGGAACCAAUGGCUCCGGCACAUUUGACUUGAUAUACGACUAUACGUUUCUAUGUGCUCUCCCGCCCGAGGCGCGGCCCAAGUGGGCAAAACGCAUGUCGCAGCUGCUUCACCCGUCUGGCCGACUCAUCUGUUUGGAAUUUCCGUCGGUGAAGCCCCUUUCUGAGCGUGGCCCGCCGUGGGGUCUCUGUCCAGAGAUUUAUGAGGCGCUGCUGAGUGCGCCGGGGGAGGACGUUUCGUAUAAUGAGGACGGGAGCCUGGUUGAGAAGACGGCGGCGAAACCGGAUGCGAAUGCGUUGCAUAGGCUGUGUAUUAUUAAGCCGACGAGGACGCAUCGUGCUGGGACGAGUGAGGAUGGGACGGUGAAUGACUUUAUAUCUGUGUGGACGACGUGA